AAGAGACACCAUGAAAGCAAAAGCAGAGGAAAGCUGUCAAUCUCUCCCUAUCUAUUAAAUACAAAACUAAAGAAACCACCAACUCCAAAGAGCUCAAGUCUUCAAAAACCAUACUAGGAAGUCAGAGCAAGCAGAAAGUGAAGCCUAAAAGAGAGAAGGGGAGGAAGAGGAGAAGAAGAAGAGACAUGAGAAGAAGAAGAGAAGGCAAAGGGGCUCCGCCCACAGACCUCUUGGUAUGUUUUCCUUCUAGAGCCCAUCUAAGCCUUAUGCCCAAGGCCAUCUGCAGCCCAGCUCGUCCUUCUGAACCUACCAAGCGGCACCACAGCCACCAAAUUCAUCUCUCAAGAUCAAGCAACAACAGGGGAGGCCAAGCUAGCCCUCUCUUAUGGUCCAAGACCAAGCCUAUGGGGUCGGAUAUCUCUGAACCCACCUCCCCCAAAGUCACCUGUGCCGGACAGAUCAAAGUCAGGCACAAGCCUAGUUCCUGCAAGAACUGGCAAUCAGUCAUGGAAGAUAUCGAGAGGCUCCACAACCAUAGAAAGCAGAAGAAGAGACCCACUUGGAUAGAAAGUCUCGGAUUCAAGAAGGAUGUAAUGCAGUUCUUAACUUGUUUAAGAAGCCUUCGAUUUGAUCUACGGUGCUUUGGCUCUUUCCAUGGAUCUGAUAUCACUUCGGAUGAUGAGGAAGUUGAAGAAGAAUACGAAGAAGAGCAAGAAAACCAGGUGGGCAUCGAGGAUUUUGAUGGUAGUGGUGCUUCAAGAACCGUUUUUUCUAAGUGGUUCAUGGUAUUAGAGGAAAAACAGAGUAAUGGGUUCAGUAAAGAAGACCAAUUUGGGGAAAGAAGAGCUGAUAGAGACGAAUCUCAUCAUGAAUGUUCGGAGGUCGCUCCUGCUGCUCCUCCUCCGAAUGCUCUGUUGCUCAUGCGUUGUAGGUCUGCCCCUGCAAAAAGUUGGUUAGAAGAGAAAGAAAAAGAGGAAGAAGAGGAAGAAGAAGAAGAAGAGGAAGAAGCAACAAAGAACACAAAGCUGCCUUUGGAAGUAGAGAAAAAUAAAGAGAGUUUGUUAUUGAUGAGCUAUGGCCCUGAUUUCUUCAAGAUUUCCCCUGAUAUUGCAAAGGAGACUUGGGUUGUUGGAGGAAUGAGAGAUCCCUUAUCGAGAAGUCGAAGCUGGAAGAGAUGAUGAUCAUGGUGAAUUGUGACUUAAUUUAAUUUCUUCAAUAUUGUUCUUGUUUACUUCUUUACUGGUUUUCAUAAUUCCCCUGUGUUCUGGGGAUGUUUGUGUAUCUUUGGAGAAGCCAAGCUCCUAUAAUUUUCAGCUUAUUUUUGUUGUUUUCUUUGAUUUCAUUGAGAACUUUGUCAAAUCUGUACAGACUUUCCUUCUUGUGGAAAACAGUUUGCUGCCAUUGGCAUAUGUACAGGUUUAAAGACAUCAAUUUCUGAAUUCACAAGAAGAUUUUCAUUUUC